GCUAAACUCUGUUAGUGGUAUCGCCCAGGGAACGACAAGGAACACGGAAGUGGUUCGCUGUUUGUAGCAUUUCCGCUUUCAGACAAGAGCCGGAUAAAGAGAAAUGACAGCGACUCUGCGUCCAUACUUGAAUGCAGUACGAGCAACACUGCAGGCAGCUCUCUGCCUGGAAAACUUCUCCUCACAGGUGGUCGAGCGCCACAACAAACCUGAGGUUGAAGUCCGGAGCAGUAAGGAAUUGUUGCUUCAGCCGGUUGUGAUUAGCAGAAAUGAUAAAGAGAAGGUCCUUAUAGAAGGUUCAAUCAACUCCGUUCGCGUCAGCAUUGCAGUAAAGCAGGCUGAUGAGAUUGAGAAGAUUCUGUGCCACAAAUUCAUGCGCUUUAUGAUGAUGAGAGCCGAGAACUUCUUCAUUCUGCGGAGAAAACCAGUGGAGGGCUAUGAUAUCAGUUUCCUCAUCACUAACUUUCACACAGAGCAGAUGUAUAAGCACAAGUUGGUGGAUUUUGUCAUCCAUUUUAUGGAGGAAAUUGAUAAGGAAAUCAGCGAGAUGAAGCUGUCAGUCAAUGCAAGGGCACGAAUAGUUGCUGAAGAAUUCCUCAAGAAUUUUUAAGGAAGCACCUCACCUCACCCUCUGCACACUGCAGCACGUCACCAUGGUCAACAUAAGCCCUGUGGAGGUUUGGGGUCUUGAAAGUCAAACAAGCAACAGAGAGUGAGCGAGAGGACACAAAGUUUGUACAUCAACAUGGAACAACAUGGAUUAAGUGAAUUCAGGGAACGUGUCCUCACCACAGGACUGAAUUCUAGUAUUGCAGUGAUCUCAACCAAAAGCACUCAUGGAAUUCAAAGAGUCUCUGUACUGUUCAGCUGUACAUUUCAGUAGUUGUUAAAAUUGCAUUAUUAAUCCUUUUGUGCCAACUUAAUUUGCUUGCUUGCUAACUUGCUCCAAAAACUUUCUAUACUACUUCACAAUCUUCUGUUAGUAAUUUCUACUCAUCUUUUUACCUUCAAACCCUUAUAACUUCGUUAUAGUUAAGUGCUCACAAUGCUGCAGUAUGGAUUCACCUCAUCUUCCUCCAUGCUCAUGAAUCAUGAUAUGCAUAGAUGCUGAACAAACCUUUUAAAAUCAGGGUGGACAUUCUUAGAGAAGUCUUCAAUGUUCUUGAGCAUGAAAGGGGGGAAAAAAGAGCCAAUAAUGUAAACUGUGUUAAUGCUCUUGAAUUAUUUGUAAAAUAUAUGUAUAUUGUGUGCAUAGUGACAUUUUCAUGUCUGAUUUUGAUAUAUUGACCUUCAUGCUGUUGCACAUGGAUUUCACAGGACCUUGUUAAAUCAAUUAUGAUGAUAAAUAAACAUCCCUUUAUUGCUUGUAA